CAACUCUCGUUAUUUGUUGUCGUCUGAGUGAGUCACGCCUCCUUGCAGUAUUGAUUUAGAUUUUGUUGCAGACAUUGCAUAAAUUUGAUCAUUGGAAAAGUUUUGAAACUCAUGUCAAAACACCAGGAACGGGAUUUACACGGAUAUUAAUUUCUCUACUGGUAAUCAGCAAAUAUGCCUAUUGAGUACAGCUGUAUUUCCAGAGGGACAGUUGUCCUCUGCAGUCGACAGAAUGGCAUUGGUAGUUUUGAAAGUACAGUUGAUUCUAUACUCCCAAAUAUAUCAACCAGCACGGAUGGCAAAAAUACAUACACAUCAAAUGAUUAUGCAUUUCAUUGUUUGGUAGACCGAGGUCUUAUUUAUAUGUGUGCUGCAGCUCCUGAUUUUGGAAAACAACAACCAUACGCAUAUCUAGCAGAGAUCAAGAAAAAUUUCCAAAGUGGUCCACUUGCAAAGCAAGCAUCAACUGCAGAAUCACAUGACUUGGAUGGCGACUUUGGUUUUGUCAUGUCACAACAAAUGGAGAAGUACUCAAAGCCUGGAGCUGGAAACACUGGGACGGCAAAGCUUCAGAAUCAAGUAGAUGAGGUGAAAGGGGUCAUGUCUCAGAAUAUCGAGAAGGUUCUGGAGCGAGGGGACAGACUUGAUGACCUCAUGGACAAGACAGAGGAGUUGGAAGCCAGCUCGGCCUCCUUCCAGAAGACUGCCCGUCGGAUUCAGAAGAAAUACUGGUGGAAGAACACCAAAAUGACACUGAUCCUCAUAGCUGUCGUCCUUGUGAUCAUCAUCAUCAUCGUGGUGGCGGUGUUGGCAUCAACCGGCGCCUUCAGCAGCGGGAAAGGAUCAACAACAACAGCAGCCCCAGCUGUUGUGACAUCACCAUCUACGAGAUGAUGUGUCAAGUCUUUCUUAUAUUUUGAUGGUCACAAGUUUUAAAGUUUAAGAACAAAUAUAUAUUAUAAAUUGUUGAUAUUUUCGUACAUAUUUUCUCUGCUGAUCUGUGUGAUGAAAACAAAAUGAAUAUUCCAUAUAUGUAAUACCCACUAGUUGCACAUUGUGUUAAUUAUUAUGAUGCCAGCUGCAGCCAAUUAAUGAUUAUUCAUAUCUAUUGUUUUAAUGAAAAAGGCUGAACAAAAUUGAAAAUCAUAGAUAUUUGGUAUUUGGAAUGGUUAAUUUGAUACGUAUGUAAGUAAUGCAUACAUACAUAGUAGAAGUGUUGGUAUAUUUACACCACUUUAUUAUAUCAGUGUAUAUGUGUCAAUAUAUAUAUAACAAAAUGUACCUACCAUGGUAUAGAUGAAGUUAUACAAUCUGUUGUUGAGGUCGAAACUAAAACUUUAUUGGACCUAUUGUCUGCUUGUUUGCAUAUGUUAUUUGAAAAAAAACUAUUAUUUGUACACUGACCACAAGGGAAAGGGAUUUUAAGCCUCAUUGUUUGUAUCGAGAAUGCCAAAUAGUUGAGAAUAAUACACUAUUUAACAUUU